CGGCAACGUCAACUUCAGCUCUUUAGGUCUUCGCGUCUUUAGCGUGUGGCGGAGAGGGAAAAGACGGCGGGUAAGAACUCGUUUGGCGCUCGCUCUGUGCGUGCGUAUGUAUGUGCGUGUGUGUCUGUGUGCAUAUGUGUUUAGGGUCUGUGGCUUGGCUUGGUAGCCGGCGGCGUCACAGUUCUUCGGGACCCAAGGAACAGGCGAGCCAGCACCGUACUAUUACCAGUCACUGUGCUGCACUGGCUGAUACUUUACCGUCGCGUUUACCAACACCGCGCUUGCUAUUUUAGCAGUUGGAAGUGUCUGUUUUUUUGGCUCGGCUUGGGCUGAUUUGGGGUAGUUUCCAUCACUUUGUACAACAUUAGCAAAAAAACAGGUCAAUUUACUCGAAGAAGUACUGGAGGAGCAAUAAAUGUAACCGGGGCUGGUGUUCAGGAGAGGGUGGACAAGGUCUGUGAUAAGACAACAAGUGAACCUGUUUCUCGAAACCAUACGCAAACGAACAGGCCAUCUGUGCCGUUGUGGACCCAGGACCGCGGAGCUACAGGGUGCUACGCUCCGAUAGAAGUUGAGUGACUGUGCAAACAAAAGAGAGAAGUAGAACGGGCUCUAUGCCCCGUGGAUAGUGAGUGCCAAACAAAGGAACAUGAUUUUCUAGCUUGAACCAGGAAUAUAUACAUUUUAUAACAAGGCUCGCCGUACUAGUUACGAGCGAGACAGUCUACCAUCGUGCACGUCGGCAGGAUGUCGCCGACGGCGCAUGACAGUGAUCAGCUACGCAGGACUACUAUAAAAAUGGCGAUAACAACGACGACGACAAUGACAAGCGCAUCAUCAAAAAGGGCGUUCGCGGCAGGAAGGAGUUCCUACCUGCCACCACCAAACACAAUGUUGCGUAUUGGAAUACUCCUCGGCGUUGUCCUUGUGCAACAGGUUAGCGCCCAAUUCGACUGCCCACAUGGUUGGACGCGAGACAGCGUUUACUGCUACAAGUUCAUCAGUAACAAACAUUCGUGGAGAAGAGCAGAGGAAGUAUGCCGGCGAUACGGGAGUCAAUUAGCUCUCGUGCUGAACUACCAUCAGAAUAACUUCACGCGAGCCCUAGCAACUGAGGGUCUUCGGGACCAGCCCCAAAAUGCCUACUGGCUUGGCCUUAAGUCCGUUAAGGAUCUAGCUACAAAUACGCUUGAGUCAUCGUCUGGCUACUUUAUCCCGAAGUAUGUGGGUCAUUGGUCUUUAGAUCAACCCCAGCCUGAAAGAGGCCAAUGUGUAUACGCGCAAUUGAGCGAACGCAACCAAGAGUGGGGACUGACCUCAUGCGAGGCGAUGCUGCCAUUCGUCUGCCAAGUGCCAGCAUGCCCAAAAGGAACAUUUUUGUGCGCGAGUGGGAAGUGCCUUAAUAAGAGAUGGCAAUGCGAUGGGGUCGAUGACUGCGGAGACGGAUCGGACGAAAUGGAUUGCCCGCGGUUAUGCCACCAUUACCUGAAAAGUUCCGGAGACUCUAUUCAGUCUCCUAACUAUCCGCAAAAGUAUGAAACAAAUCUCGAUUGUAAAUGGACGCUAGAGGGCCCGUUGGGAACAGGAAUUGUGCUGCAGUUUUCGGAUUUUGAAACAGAGUCAAACUUCGACGCGGUGCAGGUGCUCUCUGGUGGCAGGACAGAAGAAUCGAGCGUUUCGCUCGCACAGCUUUCUGGAAAGCAAAAUAUUUCCUCGAAAAGCUUUAUCACAGGAAGUAAUCUAAUGAUCGUCAAGUUCAAAUCGGACGCCGCAGCGGAGAAGAAAGGAUUCCGUGCCAGCUGGAAAACUGAAACAUUAAAAUGCGGUGGAGAGUUGUUUGCUCACUCAUCGGCUCAAGUGCUCAAUUCACCAGGUUAUCCAAGCGCCUAUCCAGGCGGCAUCGAGUGUCUUUGGGUAAUUACAGCACCGCAUAAUAAACUUGUGUCCCUAGAGAUUGUCGACCUCGACCUCGAGGUAACCGACUCAAUACUACUUCGAGACGGUGCCACUCCAAGCGACACCUUGCUCUCUAAACUUGGAGGAACAACUGAAGAGAACCCUAAAUUUAUUUUGUCAACCCAGAAUCGUGUCUAUAUCUAUUUUAAGACUGACACUGCCCACGCCGCUCGCAAGGGAUUCUCUAUCCGUUUUCGAGCGGGAUGCCAAGUAGAUAUCAUUGCGGAUCAGGGAAGCAUUAACUCACCUGCGUUUGGCGUCGGCAAGUAUCCGUCAAAUCAGAAUUGCGCAUACCGCAUUACCCGCCCCGGUGGAGGUCCAAUCUCACUAAAGUUCGACAAGUUCCUCGUGGCUAGCGAUGACCAUAUUCAAGUGUAUGAUGGUCAGAAUUCGAAAUCGGUAAAGCUCCACGCCGGACAAGGUUACUCCGGAGCGACGCGUCCCACUCACACUCUGACAGCAACUUCGGGAUCUUUGUACGUAGUUUUUCAGUCGAACUCACUUAAUACAGCAGCUGGAUGGCAAGCGAGUUUCUCAUCUGAUUGUCCGCUCCUGGCUGUUGGAGAACGGGCCCUUGCUUCGAGUCGCGAUACGACCUUUGGGGCCGAAGUUACCUAUACGUGUCCGAGUGGAAUGGAGUUUAGUAGCGGUCGUAAGAAGAUUAUCGCCGAAUGUCUUCCUGGAGGCAAAUGGUCUGUGCCGCACGUUCCAGCCUGUCAGGAAAUCUACUGUGGGCCCGUCCCGCAGAUAAGCAGUGGGUUCGCGGUAGGCGCAACUAACGUCACUUUCCGAGGUCAGGCUACUUACCAGUGCUACGCCGGCUUUACGUUUCCGGGAGGACUGCAGCAGCAGACGGUCAGGUGCAAUGAGUAUGGUAACUGGGAUAACCUUCCGGUGUGUAUGGCUUCAUCAUGCCCACCUUUGCCUGAGGUCGCGAAUUCCAUCCCGAGAUUCCUCAAUGGGGCUGGAAGAAACUAUGGGACUGUCGUUCGAUUCGACUGCGAGCCAGGAUACAGGAGAAGUGGCUAUCCUGUGGUCGUGUGCAAAAGCAAUGGACAGUGGAGCGCAAACCCACCAACUUGUCAAAGAGCCCAAUGCUACGAGGUGCCAAAAGUUGACAAUGGCCAGGUUAUGAUGGACAAGAAAACCUAUCUUUUUGGGGACAAGUCCAAAGUUGCUUGUAAUAGAGGUUACAAACUCGAAGGACAGGCAACGAUAACGUGCGGGGCAGACCAAACAUUCGAAAAUGUGCCCGCGUGCGUUGACAUCAAUGAAUGCAAUUCACCUACGGCCUGUGAUUCCGCCUCGACAAUAUGCAUUAACACUCCAGGCAGCUUCUUCUGCAAAUGCAAGAAGGGUUUCGAGCGUAACAUGGACUGCCGGCCAGUUGGAGAUCUCGGUGUAGCAAAUGGGGCAAUUCCAGAUCACGCUAUUUCAGUGUCGUCGUUUGAGACCGGUUACCCAAAGGAGAAAAUCCGCCUGGACGGCGAAGGAGGCUGGUGUGGUUCAAUUCCUCGCGCUGGCGAGAAUCACGCCCAGAUUGAUUUGUCUGCCCCCACAGUGAUUCGAGGAUUACGCACCCAGCCGGUGUUCCGUGCUGACGGAGCGCAGGCGUUCCCGAUUUCGGUACGAAUUCAAUAUACAGAUGAAGAAACCGAUGCAUUCCGAGACUACGCCGACCCGAUGGGCCGUCCGAUGGAAUUCCAGCUGACGCCAAAUGGAGGAUCUGGACUGGCCGUCAUUAAUUUGCCAAUACCAAUCGAAGCUCGAUUCAUUCGAGUGCUUGUUGUAGAGUAUGUGGCUGCACCUUGCAUGCGGUUAGAACUGAUGGGAUGCUCUCGACAGGAUUGUAUUGACGUCAACGAGUGUCUCAAAAAUAACGGCGGCUGCCACCAAAGGUGCGUGAACAGUCCGGGCAGUUUCCACUGCAUGUGCAACGUAGGCUAUGAGCUAUAUAGCAAAAAUGGCACAUCGGGUUUCUUCAUUCCCUCGAGUGAAACAGGCUUCCGCGAUGGUGAUACAUAUGCUCUUAACAAAACCUGUGUUGCCAAGGAGUGCCCCGUGUUGCGUGCUCCGGAAAACGGACGAAUGCUCUCUACUCUUGAGCGUUUCCGAUUUGGAGACGUAGUGAAUUUUCAAUGUGACUUUGGGUACGUGCUGCAUGGAGCCCAGUCGUUGACCUGUACUUCUGGAGGUAAUUGGAACGGUACUAUGCCAGCGUGCCUUCCUGCCAAGUGUACUGGAUUACACGAUGAUCCAACACAAGGCCUUUCGUUAAGAUCCAAUGGCCAUGAUAAUUAUAUCAUGUUCCAGGAUAAUGUCACAAUUUCUUGUUCGGAGACCGGCCGCCCUUUGAGGAACACAGCAACUGCUGCUUUUCGUCAAUGCGUCUACAGCCCUCGACCGGGGAAGCCCGAUUAUUGGCUUGCUGGAGCACCUCCUGCUUGUGAACGUGUGGAUUGCGGAGCUCCUCCAGACAGUAUUGGUGCCACUUAUGGCUUCCACGUUGACACGAAAUAUCGGGCUUCCUUCUUUUUUGGCUGCGAAGAAACAUUUACACUCGUCGGCAAAAGCAGCCUUAACGACAAUGUGAUUCGGUGCCAAGAGGACGGUUCGUGGGAUUUUGGCGACCUACGCUGCGAAGGACCGGUAUGUCAGGAUCCGGGUCGACCUGCUGACGGAUAUCAGAUCGCGAAUAGUUAUGAACAGGGCUCCGAAGUUACCUUUGGUUGUACCCGACCCGGAUACGUGCCUUACAAUACUGAACCAAUCACAUGCGUCAAAAACGCUGAUUGUAAGGUCGUAAAACCUUUGGGACUCACCUCUGGCAAAAUACCCGACAGUGCCAUCAACGCAACGUCUGCUAGAAGCAACUACGAGGCUAAAAAUGUUCGGCUUGGAUCAACAACCGGGUGGUGCGGCACCCAAGAGGCCUUCACUUACGUUACCGUUGACCUUCAGAGGGUACAUCACAUCAAAGCCAUAAUGAUUAAAGGAGUUAUCACAAACGAUGUCGUAGGUCGGCCCACCGAACUGCGUUUCUUUUAUAAGGUCAAGGAAAACGAGAACUUUGUCGUCUAUUUUCCAAACUUCAAUUUGACGUCAAGGGAGCCGGGCAACUACGGAGAGCUCUCCGUCAUUGAUUUGCCAUUGAGUGUGAAGGCGCGCUACGUCAUUCUGGGCAUUGUCAGCUAUAAUAAAAACCCAUGCCUAAAGUUUGAACUGCUUGGCUGCGAGGAUUCGCCGGACGACGUUUUGCUUGGUUACGAGAAUGCCAACCCGGUUUGCGUGGAUAAGGAGCCACCUCGUUUCGAGAAUUGUCCCACUCAUCCUGUCGUUGUGGAGUCGUCGCCGGACGGAAUACUCCCGGUCGAUUUCGUCAUUCCGACAGCCACUGAUAAUUCCGGUCGUGUCGCUAGGAUGGAGAUAAAGCCAUUGGGUUUCCGCCCCCCCCAAAUGGUGUUCGAAGACACGGUUGUUCAGUAUAUUGCAUAUGAUCACGAUGGCAACGUGGCUGUAUGUGUCGUUAAUAUCACUGUGCCUGAUUAUACUCCACCGUCAAUUAAAUGUCCACAGUCCUACGUUGUUGAGUUAACAGAAAAACAGGACAGCUAUGUAGUGAACUUCAACGACACCCGCUUACAGAUCAUCGCUAUAGAUAAAUCUGGCCACGUAGACAUUAACAUAACGCCGGAGUCAGCUGUAAUUCCUAUUGGUGGUUACCGUAAUGUCACGGUAACUGGCACUGAUAGGUUCGGAAAUCAGGCUUUCUGCUAUUUCCAGGUUUCGGUACAAGCCACAAGUUGUGUUGACUGGUCAUUGCAAGCACCGACGAAUGGCAUCGUCAAUUGCCUUCCCAAUGAUGAAGGUACGGGCUAUCAAUGUCUCGCAACGUGUAAGAAUAAAUACCGUUUCACCGACGGCGAAAAAGCCAAGACAUUUGAAUGUAAAAACAAAGGGGCUUGGGUUCCUAAAUCAAUUAUUCCUGAUUGUGUCUCAGAAGAAACAAACGAAGCGUCCUACGACGUGACCGCACAGGUGGAAUAUCGAUCUGGUGGGGCUGUGCACGAAUCAUGCCUUGGCCACUACACAGGAUACGUACAAACUUUUUAUGGUCGUUUAAAUCGCUUGUUAUCAGACCGCUGCUCAGCUAUCAAUGUGCAAAUGGAUCUGUCGUUCCAUAAUACGACCGCAACAAUUAAAAGUGAUAACGAACUUGUUAUUGACUACGUUGUACGAAUUGUACCCGUAGUACAUCAGAAGUUACUGUAUGACCUCUGUGGUUCAACACUUGGGCUCAUCUUCGAUUUAAGCGUCCCCAGUACAUCGGCCCUGAUCGAACCUAUUCUAAACAUUAGUGCACAAGAUGUUGGUGGAUCUUGCCCUACAAUUCAAGCAAAACGUUCGACAAUUAAGCGUGGCUUCACCUGCGAAUACGGAGAGGUAUUAACAAACGAGACCGGAAUCGUACCUCGGUGUCUCCAUUGUCCGGCGGGUACUUUUGCCUCGGAAGAUGAAAGAUGUAGCUUCUGUCCACGGGGGUACUACCAAGACCUAACAAGGCAAGCAAAGUGCAAGAAGUGUCCUGACGGAACCCACACUAAAGAGGAAGGAAGCAAGUCUCUCAGUGAUUGUGUACCCGUUUGUGGUUACGGCACAUAUUCUGCAAACGGCCUCGUCCCGUGUCUUCAAUGCCCAGAGAAUUCAUAUGCUGGAACUCCCCCACCUGAAGGCUUCCGUGAGUGCACUAAAUGCCCUCCGAACACGUUCACAUAUUCUGAUGGAGCUGCAAGUGCUGGUAGUUGCAAAGCCAAAUGCCACCCCGGAACCUACUCCGAAACCGGCCUUGAGCCAUGCUACGAGUGUCCGGUUAACUUCUACCAAUCGCAGGACGGUCAAACCCAAUGCAUACGGUGUGCUUCCAACCAGAAAACCAAUAUGCCCGGUCAAAUGACACCUGAGGCUUGCCAGCCGGUGCAAUGUAAUCCUACGAUCUGUAAAAACGGCGGCCUCUGCUUGGCCCAAAACCAUCAGGCUACGUGUUAUUGUCCUGCUGGUUUCACCGGUCAGUAUUGUGAGACUGAUAUGGAUGAGUGCGCGUCAGGUCCUUGCUACAAUGGUGGCUCGUGUAUUGAUCGGCCUCAAGGCUACAGCUGCAAAUGCGCUCCUGGAUAUUCUGGCUUCCAGUGCGAAGUUGAGAAGUCAGAGUGCGACGUGCCUAACAUUUGUCCUGAACGCGCCAUGUGCCAGGAUUUGCCUGGGUCUGGCUCAGUAAAUUGUCUCUGCCGUUCUGGGUAUGAAGGCGCUACUUGCAACGUGACUGUCAAUCCAUGCACCGUUGGUCAGACACCCUGCCAUAAUGAGGCGAACUGCAUCCCACUAAAACACGGCCGAUACAAAUGUAGCUGCGCCCCAGGAUGGGUCGGACCUAAUUGCGAGACAAAUAUCGACGAUUGUGCCGAGAACCCAUGCUUACUUGGGGCUGCCUGUACAGAUCUUAUCAACGACUUUGUGUGUGAAUGCCCUCCCGGUUUUACUGGUAAACGAUGUCAAAUUAAGCAAGAUCUUUGCUCAACUAACCCCUGUGGCGAUAACGGCAUAUGUAUUGAUCGGAUGUUUAGACACGAGUGUAUAUGUAAGCCUGGAUGGAGUGGGCCUGCUUGCGAGGACCAAGUCGAUGAGUGCCUCUCAUCACCAUGCCAGCAUAACGGAGUUUGCAUAGAUGUGAUUAAUGGAUUCCGUUGCCAAUGCGACGCCGGAUUCACUGGAAUGGCGUGUCAGCAUCAUGUCGAUGACUGCAAAUCAGACCCGUGCCAAAAUGGCGGCAGUUGUAUAGAUCAAAUCGAUGGUUUUACCUGCGAGUGUCGCCCAGGUUUCGUGGGUCUUCAGUGCGAAGCAGAAGUAGACGAAUGCAUUUCGGGACCCUGUCACGCAACUGGCACCCGCCAAUGCAUAGACAAGGAUAAUGGGUUUGAAUGCGUUUGCAACGCAGGCUAUACUGGUGACUACUGUGAAAUAGACAUUGACGAAUGCGAAUCGUCCCCGUGUGAGAAUGGAGCAAAAUGUAUCGACAAAAUUGGCAGCUUCUAUUGCCACUGCCCGCCUGGCUGGACGGGGGAGCGUUGUGAGAAGGAUAUAGGCGGAUGCGAUUCUAGCCCGUGCCUUAACAAUGCACACUGCAUCGACCUGUUCGAGGAUUUCUUCUGCGUCUGUCCAAGCGGAACAGACGGCAAACGCUGCCAAACAUCACCUCAACGUUGCAUUGGUGAUCCAUGCAUGCACGGCGCCUCCUGUCAAGACUAUGGCAGUGGACUUAACUGUACGUGCGCACCAGAAUAUACCGGAGUCGGCUGCCAAUACGAAUUUGACGCUUGUGCAGAGGCCGUAUGCCAGAACGGCGGCAAAUGCCGGCGAGAAAACAAGAGCUAUUCCUGCGAAUGUUUGCCUGGCUACGGUGGCAAAAACUGUGAGAAGGACACCCAGGACUGCAGCCCCACGUCAUGUCCGCCUAACGCGGAAUGUAUUGAUUUGACAAACGGUUUCUUCUGCAAAUGCCCGUUUAACUACACUGGUGAGGACUGCCGCAAGCCGAUCUCUGUGAACUACGAUCUCUACUUCAACGAUGAGAGCCGCUCAUCGGGGGCGGCUCUUAACACUCCCUUCGAAUUGGGCUCAUACAGUCUAACAGUUGCUCUUUGGGUACAAUUUAACAACCCAGGCAGUGUAGGCACAGUGCUCAGCUUCUACUCUGUCAAUGAUCCGCACAAAGUCCUUAACAAGACACGACUUCUUAAGAUUGACGACUCCGGCGUGCUGGUGUCUCUUUUUCCACAGCACACUGCUGACAUCUACAUACCAUACCUUGACAAUGUUCCCAUAAAUGAUGGCAACUGGCAUCAUAUCGUUUUUAUUUGGGACGGUGUAGAAGGCACACUCACAUUAAUCACAGACACGGCGGUUGCCGGGGUUGUCACUGGUUACGUCCAAAAGGACAAACUACCUACUUAUGGCUGGAUGAGCCUCGGUGCGCCCGUCGACGUUGAAGAUAUGCGCGUAAAAGCCGAAAGCGGUUUCCAUGGUCGGUUGUCACGAGUGAACGUCUGGGAACGCACUCUCGAUUUUUCGCAAGAGAUUCCUGGCCAGUUCCGCUCGUGUCAGAACUCACCUGUUCUCUUCCAUGGACUUCAGCUUCGUUGGGCUAAUUACGACAAGAUUGUUGGAACCGUCGAACGUCAAGUGCCUGGUCACUGCGGCGAACAAUCAUGUACGACAACCGUAACAGAGGAGUGUAUCGCUAAAGGAGGAGAUAAGGUGCCACCUAAGGUCGUUUAUUGUCCCCCGGAUAUGUGGGUCGUUACUCCUAACGAGUCGAUCGCCCUCCAAUGGGAGGAACCCGAGUUCUCUGAUGAAACUGGAAUUAAACCGGAAGUGACCGAAUUAAACAGCAUUCGUUCUGGCCACACAUUCACCAAAGGUAUCUUCGACCUCUCCUACGUUGCUAAGGAUACCUAUGGUAACCAGGCCCAAUGUGACUUCCGAAUUCAUGUGUUAAGCGAUUUCUGCCCGCUUCCAACAGCGCCCGUGGGUGGGUACAGGCAGUGCUCCGACUGGGGACCUGGCAGUCGUUUUAAAGUGUGUAGCAUCGGAUGUGAGGACGGCCUCGAGUUCUCCGAACAUGUUCCUCAGUUCUACGUAUGUGGUGCCGAAGGCUUCUGGAGACCUAACGAUCGCCCCGAAUUGCCCUUCACCUUCCCCGCGUGUGCUCCUAAACGGCCUGCUCAGCGUCUCUUCCGCAUAUCUAUGGAUUUCACUUCUACCGUUGUAUGUUCUGAUUCGGGCAAAAAGAUCCUGCGCUCCAGAAUUACGGAAGCCCUUUUGCAAGUGAACAAUGAAUGGCGAUUCUGUGUGGAUCAAUAUCCGCCACAGUGCACCGGAACCCAUCUUUCUGUGAAAUGUCAUAAGAACGGUGGGAGGGCAAAACGUCAAGCUGACAAAGAGGACGAGCCAACGAGCAUCUACGCGCUAGAGAUAACUUUCCCAGCACACAAGGACCCGGUAGUUCGCACUGGUAGCCAGCAGAAGGCUACCGUCAGGACGGUUGUCGAACAAGCAAUCCUACAAGCUAAUAUCUUUGAUGUACGCGAAACGCUGCCUAACGUCCAACCUGACCUCACCUCACUGAAGAUUAGCACCGAUUAUUCGUGCAUGCCCGGAGAGGUACCCGUUAGCACCUUUUGCGUAAAAUGCUCUCUGGGUACUUACUACAGCAAUGCCACCAACCAGUGCGAACUAUGUCCAAACGGCUACUUCCAGGACGUCAGUGGUCAGCUCGUCUGCAAACCGUGCCCGGAGAUUAACGGCAAGCAAGGCAUCACUGCCAGCCUCGGCGCCCGAACUGUGGAUGAAUGCAAACAACGCUGUACGCCAGGCCAGUACUUCGAUGCCACGGUAGGCUUCUGCAGGCCAUGCGGCUAUGGCUUCUAUCAGCCUGAAGAAGGUUCGUUUAAAUGUGAACCUUGUGGUCACGGGCUGACGACUCGAACUAAUGAAGCUGCUUCCAUUCAAGAGUGUCGAGAAGAAUGUAAGCCCGGUCUUCAGCUCACCGUUACUGGCCAAUGCGAACCUUGCCCCAAAGGCACCUUCCGUACUAGUGGUAUGCCUUCCUGUCAACAAUGUCCUAAGGGCAGGACAACAGCGGACUUUGGUUCUACCUCAGUAGAGCAGUGCUCCUUAGAGGUAUGCCAGAUAGGACACUAUCUCAACGUCACUCGCAACUACUGUAUGCCGUGCCCGAAAGGAACCUACCAAGACGAAGAGCAGAGAGACUCCGAGUGCAAGCCAUGUCCUGCAGAUACCACAACCGAUACAGUCGGAGCCACCGACCCGUCUUUUUGCUCCGAUCCAUGCAUGGUCAACGGAGAAAAACGCGUGUGUCACAAAAAUGCCUAUUGCGUAUUUCUUGAAGAUGAGCAGGACUUCGCUUGCAAAUGCAUGCCCAAGUUUAAAUACAGCAACGAAACGGCCGAAUGUAUCGAUGUUUGCGAAGAUUACUGCGAAAACGGCGGUAAAUGUGAAAUUCCACAAAACGCUAUUGAGCCACGCUGUGUCUGUCACGGCAACUUCUAUGGUGAACGCUGCGAAAGAAAGUCGGACUUUGUUUACGUCGCCGGCGGAAUUACGGCUGCUGUCGUAUUUAUCAUCGUCAUGGUGCUUCUUAUCUGGAUGAUUUGCGUCAGAAUGAGUUGGCGCGGCAAACCUGGCAAGAUGCCACUCCCACCUGCAAUGGACCUAGCUGGUUCUCAACAGAACUUCUACUAUGGUGCACCAGCGCCGUACGCGGAAAGCAUCGCUCCAUCACAUCAUUCGACCUACGCUCAUUACUACGACGACGAAGAUGACGGUUGGGAAAUGCCAAACUUCUACAACGAAACUUACAUGAAGGAUGGCCUUCACAAAGGCGGCACUUUGGCGCGAAGUAACGCUAGUCUAUAUGGAACGAAAGAGGACCUCUACGACCGUCUGCGAAGACAUCAGUAUACUGGACACAAGAAAGAUAGCGACACAGAAGAUCCUACGUCGUAAAGCUACAAAGGCACACUUCUUCAUAUCGCAAAAGCAUCCCGUCGUUAAUGUACCACGAUGGCUAGAUGAUUAUUACCAAUAUUCUUUUUGUAUUAAUUUGUAUGUGUUUUACUGCGAUUUUUCAUGCUUUACUCGCAUUAUUAUUAUUAUUUUUAGACGUAAUAGAAUAGAAAAGUAGCGUAGUGUUUUAAAUGCCAAGCAAGACGCUUGUGGAUGAUUUACCUUCGCCGGUACCAAGUCAUCUGCGGCCAUUUUGAGUCAAUUUUGAGCAGGAACGAGCCAGCUACUUGUGGACGCUGUAGAUAACAUUUAGUAGCCUGAUCCCCUGAAGGUGGCCUAGUUCCGUUCUCCCUUGUAAAAAGAAUUCUCCCCCUUGCACAUUUCUCGGACCCCAACCCUCGCUCCCUUCUGUAGUCGUCAUUUAUACCGCCGCCAUCUCAGCACCAUCUCCAUAACACCUUCGCAAUUUAUCUGUGUGGACUAGUAAUUAGUCAGUGUGUAAUAUUCUAACGGGCGGCAGUCAGCUACCAGUCGAAUCGAAUGAUAUCUGUCAUUGUAUUGUAAAUCAGCAACUUUUUAGCAGCCGUAUUUUUAAAUACAACUGUUCGAUAAUAGUAUAUUGAUAAUAAAAGUUCUAUUAUCGAACAAGAAAGAACAAGGUGAUAUGACAUAAUACUGACGGUGAGGGCAUAGGGUUGGGUUCUAACAUCUGUUUAAAGACGUUAGAGUUGACUAACUUAUUGGAGGAAAGUGACAUCUACGGUUAACUGCAUUACUACCAGGAUCUCCCUUUCUGGUAACAAACAUAUUUAUCCACGCAAACGCAACAGGCGCUAGCACGCUUUCGUACGGAGAAACCAAGAAGUCUGGUGACUGUGUGAAUCAAUCGGCUUGGUUAGCAGAGCGGAGAUCCUUCAUAAUACUGAUGGAAGCAUAUGUCAUCGACGAAGUGGCGACGUCCUCCCGCCAUCGAGCACUUGCUCAACAAUGACAGCGAUCGAUUUAUACGAUUUUCUUCCGAGGCAUAAUUUGAUGUCAACUUGAUUUUGGUCACAAAAGUAGUCUAGGAAGGCAAAUGUUUAUUGACAAUUUAGAUGUAAAACUUAUUAUUAUAUUUAAGAAAAAUAAGGAUGAAAAAUUAUAAAACAUUAAAAACAUCUAACAUACAGAUAGACUAAGUUUGGUAAUCACACCGAUCGUUCCAUUUAUCGGUGGAACGCUAUUUAUCAAUCGAUAAAUUCACCUGUACUAAUAACAGUCUUCGAAUCAUUUACCUAACUAAUUCGGUAGAUUUAUUUUUAACCUUUAAAAUAACUUUCUCUUUUUUUUUUUUUUUUAAUAUAUGUACGCGUGUUUAUAGCAAAAAAAAAAGCUGACCCCCUUGAGGAAACCGCAAGCCAUUUCAAUCACCCAUUAAAUACAGUAAAUACUUAACUGAAUCCUUUUUUUUUUUAAUUGUUUAGUAUUAUUAUAGUGUAAUGCUUGCGAAUGAAUGAAUUAUUUUGGUUGUCCGAGUGAAAUGAUUGGAUGAUUUCAAGAGUAACAAGUCGGAAUCAAUCGGAAAUUAUGGUAGUAAUAUAUAGGUUUUAAGCUCUUCGAAAAUGAUAAUUAUUCAUUCAGUUAAGCUUCGCACAUAUAAACAGUUACUUAUUAUUCCGGCGCGUUCAUCAGUUGUUGUAAUGAAAGGCAGUAUUAUUACUACUGUUUAUUUACCUAUUUAUUAUUAGAGGGUUGUCAUCACUGAAGCAAAAAAUGAAAUAACUGCUAAAUAACGGAGGAAAAUCAGUAACACCUUACUACACCGGUAGACAUCGCGCGACCAGGUUAUUAAAUACCUAGAUACACACCCGAUAGGAUUCACUGUCCGACGACGAUAACAGCUAACGCGCGAAUUUUUGCCCCUUUUAGGCAAUGAUGCGAUUUCUAAGUUAUAGUACGUUUUGCCAAUUCCAAACUUUAUUACCAUACACGUGCCUGAGAGAGAGAACGUCACACGAAUCGGUAGGCCGUGCCGACGCAUAAUACUCGCUUGUAGAUUUCUUUCCCUUUCGUGUUUAUACGCGAACGAGGGAAACGGAUCGUUAAGGAACGCCAACUGAAGUACUAUUAUAAUAUAAGGAAUGAUAUACGCACGAAGAGUAUAGAAUAAGACCGAGCAAAAGACUAACGAUGAAGAACGCCGAUCGCGUGGUUUCAAGGUCUUGAAUGCGGUGAGACGAUACAUAAUACGAUUAUUGUAUUCCAAAAGUAGAAGGCUAUGGGGUAAUACUGCAAUUUUUCGGGGAAUAUUGAUUUAUUACGGCGUUGACGUAUCAAUGUUUAGUGAUGAGAAAGGACAGACAACUAGAUAUUCGAGAUGAUGUAGCCCUGUGGUUUUGCUCAUGGAUAACUGCUCAUAUCUACGUCCCAAUGCUCUCUGUUCUACAAUUAUCUGCCGACUCCGUUCUGAGGCCAUUAAUAAGGGCCUGAUACAUAAAUAACAAACAUAUUGGAAAAAUAUGUUUCUAUGGUCUUUCAACUAUUAAUACUCGUUCAGUUAUUGUUUUUGUUCACCCUCAGCUUUCUCGUUUCUCUUCGGUACUUGUCUUCCUUAUAAACUUCUGUAUGUAACGAUAUAGCUUCUUUUUCCCGAAUAAUCCAAAUGAUGAAUAAAAAGCGGAUGAAUACUGAAAGAUUGACGGCAAUAAAUAAAUAAAUAUGAAGUUCGUAUAA